CAGCCCGGACCUGGUGCUCAGCCUUAUCUUGUUCUGGCCCCACUCAGAACUGGCAGCUGUUUGGGUGACUUGGUUAAAAAGUUGGAGCAGCAUGUCCAAACAGGGUAUUUUGCCUCCAAAAUUCAAAGAGACGCACUGGGCGUUGAGGUUCUUUCUCGGUGGGAAAAAAGGGUAUCUUGAGGGAGCUCAGACCUCUGGUCCCCAGGAACUUCCCCAGGGCCCAGCAUCUUUGUGGGAGUUACUUCCCACCCCCUGGCGUACAUGCAUCUUACCAUGAGUCUACAGUAGUCGCACUUUCUGCUUCCAAGUCCAGUCAGCAUGUGUAACGGCCCAGAGUUCAUGUAACCUUGAGCUAUAUAUGGAGUCGACUAGCAGGUCUAGAGAAAGAAAGCAUUCAUAGCUCAGGUACUGCAUACGUAUCAGGUGCUGGGGGACAUUUGACUUGCUCUGGCCAUGAAAUCACAUCUGGAGCAACAGCUGCAACUGGAGUUACCACUUGAUUAACUUCACGAUCAUCAAUUGUCAUUGUCUAAGAACAUCUGUUUUCCGCAGGGCCACAGAGGCAAGUUGAAUAGGGAUGUGGUGGGCGUCACCCCCUGCAUCAUCCGCGUCCUGGGAAGUGGCACUUAUUGCUGCAGCACCCCCAGGAAUGCAGUGUUGCCUUUGGCGUCCUUGUUUGGUAGUAGGGCAGGUCCUAGCGCCUUCUGUUCAGCCUUGCCUACCGUGAGCCCUCCCUCCACAGAUCGGGGAAAAUGUGUGAGAGAAGACGCCCUGCUAGAAAUCUUCCUUUCAGUGUCUUCCUCCACGCGUGGCUCCGUGUUUCUCUCUCCCUCUUCACACCUGCAACCAUCUCUGACCUCAGCAUUACGGUGAUGACGUGACCAGCACGUUGACAGCGGUUUUUCAGGAUUGCAUUCUAAGACCGUCACCAUCAGUUUCCUUCACUGGCAGAUCUAAUAAUUUCUGUAUCAUUUUCACCUGGAACGGUCUUACCUUCAAGUCCUCAAGCUCCUGAGCCCUUCCUGGAUCGCAGUGUGCCCUGGUCGUGUCCCCCAGACCCCUCCCGUACCUUUAUUUGCCAGCCUGUGCCCUGGUUUUCUGGGCCCUCCUCCCGUCACACGCAGUCUGGAACCCUUGCAUCCACCCCGACGUGCUGGAAUCCUUCUCGCUUUGUCUUUUGCCUGGCCUGCCCGCCUGCGUCUCUAGUGUACUCACUGCUCUGAUAACUGGCCUGUGUGUGCUGCCGGCUCCGGUUAGUCCAGGGCGUUGCAACCUUGCCACAAGUGACAUUUUGGACCCGAGAGUUCUUUGUUGUGGGGGCAGUUCUGUGCAUUGUAGGAUGUCUAACAGCAUCCCUGGCCUCUAUGCUUUAGAUUCCGGCAGCACCCCCAGUCAUGACAAUCAAACUCGUAUCCAGACAUUCAGAUGUUUCAGAUGUCAGGGGUGGUGGCGGGAGGCAAAACCAUCCUGGUUGAAAGCUACUAGGUUUGUCAGUAAAACUUGGUGUGACUGGGCCUAUAAGAACUUGGUUAAUUUUUUUUCAAAGCCACUUCUUUUUUUAGGCACUGUUUGAGGGCUAUGUAUUUAGUCCUCACAGCAACCCUGUGAGUGUGUAUAACUAUUCACCCAUUUUAUAGAUGAGUGAACAGCGAGCGGCACAGAGAGCUGGUGCGUGCUGCCCCAGGCUGGAGCUGGUAAGUGGCAGAGCCCGAUGGGAACAACAUGUCACAGGGCCGAGCCUGCCCACGGAGCCCUCCUGCCUGGUUGCUCACACGUUGCCCAACAGCCGUCAUUUUGAUUGUUGUUUUUACUGCUUAGAUAAGUUACCUAUCGCUCCAUGACCAAUCAUCCCAAACUUAAUUCUUCUCUAGAUAAUUUAUUCAAUUAUUUUUUUAGAGAAGUGAAAAAAAUACUGUAUGUAUUUUGCCCGGGUAAUUAAUGCCUUAUUACUAGGUAUUUGUACUUGGCCUUUCUGCCAGGUAUUUUGUGCCUGAUGGAAAUUUGACAGCCCUGCCUAUAAUCUUUUCAUUCUUCCUGCUGUUUUCUACCUGUCUUCUCAUUCCAGCUUCUGUGAUUCCUGGCAGGACUGAGUCCCACACCUUCACGGGAUUCCUCACAAAAGAGGGACCUAUUUUCACAGCUUCAUCCUUUCGCGUGUAGUUUUAGCUGCGGUCUCCUUCCAUCUGCUUCGUUAAUGACCACCCCUCCACGUGCUUUCUGCCCCCCGGGAACCUUGCUGAAAUCUCUAGGCUCUCUGAAGAGCGAAGAAUCCUUUGCGUCUAUGCUGAGACGUUCUCCUCUCACACAGAUGGGACCAGCCAAGGAUAAACUAGUUAUUGGACGAAUCUUCCACGUUGUGGAGAACGACCUUUAUAUAGACUUUGGCGGCAAGUUUCACUGUGUAUGUAAGAGACCAGAAGUGGAUGGAGAUGACACAGCUGUGAACAUCUUCGUGAGACUUCUAAGAUUAUUUCCUGAGGAAAGAUUAACUGGAAUAACUAGGCUUAAAGCCACCAUUGGGCAGACAUCGUGAUGGUGAGGCUGGAGGCAGUUGUGGAAGAUCGUAACCACUGCUGACCAGAAGGGACAGAGUGUCUGGUGCUGGAAUGCGAUGACAGAUAAGAAUUCUGUGUAUCGCCGACCUGUAUCUUCUGAGGCUGUCCACCCUCUCUGUGCUCCUGGUCACACUUUCCUGCAGCCAUUUGUCUACCUGCUGCUGUUCCCAGUGUUCUGGGCUCUCCUUGGCAGAAGCACCCACGGCAGUCAGUGAUGCUCGGCCAUCACUUCCUUCAGUCUCCGCUUCACACUUAGUCGUCGAUACCAACUCGCCCAAGCCCUCCCACUGGGAAGCACCCACCCCUAGCUGUCCAGAACAUGCAUCGUUUAUAAAGCUGUUGUUCCCAGAUUGCUCACCACAAACCCACUGGACAUUAACUGUAUUAUCUAAAUUUACUGUAUGGUUGUAGAUGCUAGCUUGCAUUUCUUUUCCAAAUCAGCAUUCUGCGUUUACAUUGCAUGUUGAAUACCCAUCAGUUUUCUACCUUAAAGAUAGGUUUUUUUCUUCUUCUUUCUAAUGACUGGAAGUAUGCACACACCAGCCGAGUAGAUAAAUUCUAAUUUAGUUUUUGAGAAAAAUUUAAUUUCUCCCUUUCUAUUCAUGUUUAAGAUUUUCCAAUAUUUUAGAAAUGUUUGACAUAUAUCUAUAGCCCAUGUAUAAUACUUUCAUAUUGUUUAAAUAAUAAAGGGAAUAUUUACUACAUGGUAACCCUUUUAAAAAUAACAAUUUAAAGUUACCUUUCUGUGUUCUGAAUUUCAUGGACUAAUAGUAUGUGGUUUUUAAAAUGUAUAGUUACCAAUACUUGGGUUUCUUUCUUCAGUUACCUAUUAGCAGAAAAUAAGAAGUUUGUAUUCAUGA